AUGCUUGCAAUACUGCAUGCCUGCAAGCUGCUUAUAGACCGGAGAUCCUCUCCUGCCACAGUCCUUUCAGACUGCAAGUCCGCCCUUACAGAACUGGCAAACCCCUAUAGCUCGAACCAUUUUGCUACGCAAGUCCACAAUCUCCUCUUAGAUGCUGAGUCUGCUAGCCUCAGUAUAUCGUUCGCUUGGAUUAAAUCCCAUAUCGGGAUUCCAGGCAACGAACUGGCUGAUUCCGCCGCUAAAUCUGCUGCCAAUCUUCACCGUUCCUGUGACUAUGCAUCGAUCCCAAUCAGUUACGUUAAAUAUAAGAAUAAUCUCCUCUGCCGCCAGGCAGCCUCUGAUCUCUAUGACACAGCAACUCACAUCAAAACUCUUAUCCCCAGCUAUGAGCAACUCCAAAUAUAUUUAGCUUCAGUCAAACCAAACUUCGCGAUCACGCAAUAUUUAUCCAACCACGGCUACCACAAAUCAUAUCUUCACCGCUUCCACAUCACCCCCGAUAAUCUGUGUCCAUGUGACGGGAUUAGCAUUCAGACCUGGAAACACCUGACUCAGGAAUGUCUUCGCUUUUCUUCCACUCGGAAUGACCACUUGAUUGUGGCGGAUGGUUCGAGCCCCUAUGACAUAACCCAGCUGACGCCAGAAGCUAUGGACACCAUGCACAAUCACAUUUUUCAGAUUGUCAGGCAGCUCAAGCGGUUUAACAACAACAACUAG